GAAGCUGCCUGCCUCCGGCGAGCCGCGGGUCCCGGGAAGCGCUUUCCCUGCCUCCGGCAGCCGCUUCCCCGGCGCAGGGGCCGCGGCGCGGGGCUCUCCCCGCCCCUCCCGCGCCAGGCGUGGCUGAGGCGCCCGAGUCCCGUCCGAGGGCCACCGCCUGCCGCGGGUGGCCGCGGGUUGUGGUGUGGGCCGCGGAAGUGCCGGAAUCCCCGUCCUGCCGUGGGAGCCAUGGCCGCAGGGAAGCCCCAGCCCGUGCCGGGCUCCGGCAGGCCGCGGCGACUGCCUGCCGAAGGACUCUUCACGCCUGGCCGCUACCUGAGGUAAAUUUUUCCAUAACCUUAUGGAGAAAAAGGACUUUGAAGCAUGGCUUGAUAACAUUUCUAUUACAUUUCUUUCUCUGACGGACUUGCAGAAAAAUGAAACUCUGGAUCACCUGAUUAGCUUGAGUGGAGCAGUCCAGCUCAGGCACCUCUCCAAUAAUCUAGAGAUUCUCCUCAAGAGGGACUUCCUCAAACUUCUUCCAUUGGAACUUAGUUUUUAUCUGUUAAAAUGGCUUGAUCCUCAGACCUUACUCACGUGUUGCCUCGUCUCUAAGCAGUGGAAUAAGGUUAUAAGUGCCUGUACAGAGGUGUGGCAGACUGCGUGUAAGAAUUUGGGUUGGCAAAUAGAUGACUCUGUUCAGGAUCCUCUGCAUUGGAAGAAGGUUUACCUAAAGGCUAUUUUAAGGAUGAAGCAACUGAAGGACCAUGAAGCCUUUGAGACAUCCUCUUUAAUUGGACACAGUGCCAGAGUAUAUGCACUUUACUAUAAAGAUGGACUUCUGUGUACAGGAUCAGAUGACUUGUCUGCAAAACUGUGGGAUGUAAGCACAGGUCAGUGCAUAUAUGGGAUCCAGACACACACUUGUGCUGCAGUGAAGUUUGAUGAACAAAAGCUUGUGACAGGAUCUUUUGAUAACACAGUAGCCUGUUGGGAAUGGAGCUCUGGGGCGAAGACACAACAUUUUAGAGGACAUACUGGUGCAGUUUUUAGUGUGGAUUACAAUGAUGAACUUGAUAUUCUGGUCAGUGGCUCUGCAGACUUCACUGUGAAAGUAUGGGCCUUAUCAACAGGAACGUGCCUGAACACCCUUACUGGACACACAGAAUGGGUCACCAAGGUAGUUUUGCAGAAGUGCAAAGUCAAAUCUCUUAUGCAUAGUCCUGGGGAUUAUAUUCUUCUCAGUGCAGAUAAGUAUGAAAUCAAGAUUUGGCCUAUUGGAAGGGAAAUAAACUGCAAGUGCUUAAAAACACUGUCUGUUUCUGAAGAUCGCAGCAUCUCCCUACAGCCCAGGCUGCACUUUGAUGGAAAAUACAUCGUGUGCAGUUCAGCACUAGGACUGUACCAGUGGGACUUUGCCAGCUAUGAUAUUCUCAGGGUUAUCAAACCUCCUGACUUCUCAAACGUGUCCUUGCUGGGCUUUGGAGAGAUAUUUGCUCUGCUGUUUGACAACAGAUACCUGUAUAUAAUGGACUUGAGGACAGAAAAACUGAUAAGCCGCUGGCCUCUACCAGAGUAUAGAAAAUCCAAGAGAGGUUCAAGCUUUUUGGCUGGUGAAAUGUCUUGGUUGAACGGACUCAAUGGUCAAAACGAUAUGGGCUUGGUUUUUGCCACCAGUAUGCCGGACCAUAGUAUCCACUUGGUGUUAUGGAAAGAACAUGGCUGAGAAGCUCACAUAUGCAGAAUCUUCAGGAAUCUAUGGACUGUCAGCAGCGUGUCCAUAAAAAAAAAUGAGACUUUGCAUGAACCAAAGUUGCACACCUAAUGGUAUCAUCAUGCAAUGCACAAUCAUUUACUUUUAUUUGGGCAUUUGGGAAUGGGUUGUUUUGGACAUAAUGCAAUACAGCAUGCUAACAGUAUUCACCACAAACUUCUGUCUGUACUCAUCUUUAAGCAUACCUGUUUGGGCUCUGAAGCACAGCUUGUAACUUUUAAACCACUAUUCACCAUCAAGUCUGAAAUGAAGAAGUAGUGCUUGACCUGACUUCUGACCUAUUUUUGUUGAUCAAACAGAAGGUGAAGCUAUUCUAGCACCGUAGGCUUUUGUACAUGUAACAGCAACUACUGGUUACAGUGCAUGGCUGCUUAACUCCAGUGAGAAGGUGACAAAACCUUUCUCUUUCCACUAUGAUUCUCUUCAAAAUGUUUUUUUCCCCUUAUGAUAGCUUCAAAUACUUUGAAAUAAAUAGAAGAAUCAAAUGCAUCCUUGAAUCUAGAAUCCAGUAACAAUUUAAGUUUGGGAACAUGCCAAUGUGAACUCUCCUCAGUGAGAAUGAACCAACUUUGUGAUUGAAAGCUCCAUCAGAUGAAAUUAACCUUAAGAGAACAUGACAGUAUUCAUCAUAUGUGCUGAUGGUAACUGGGAAUGGCUCAGUCAUUAUCCAGUACACCACAUUUCCUGUAGUUUGUGUGAGGGUAUAACUUGGUAAGCAGGUAGGUACAAAGGGGAAGAUGAUGUUCAAGCUCUAUGGCAAGAGCCACUCUCUUACAUUAAAUGAUGUCUAGCAGCCAUUCACUUUUCCCAGAAGUUGCAGUUAAUAGUCAUGCACUUGAAGUAGUUGCUACACCUAGAUUUGGGAAGCAAGGGCAAAUAACAGUGAGAAUGCCACUGUCUUUGGGGAAAAAAUAAAUUGAAGGCUGAGGAAAAGUGUAGGAGUAUAAAAAGGUCUUGUACUUUGUCACAGGAGACCUGGUGUACACAGGAAUUAACUAUUCAGUAGCCAAAUCCUACCCACAGAAUUUUUGUGGUAUUUGACAUGUACUUAAAAGCUGUAUCUAUGACAUCACAUGCUUUAGAAACGCUUUAGGUUGGUUUCCCUCCUCCCUUACAAUAAAAUCUCCCCUUAAUGUCUUUUAA